GAUUAGCGACAGGGGUGGAGGAAUACCCCACCAUCUUGUAGGCCGAGUUCUUGAAUAUAACUUCACAACUGCAAAUAAGGAGAAUAUGUCUGAUCCAGAGCAGCAAGAGGGUGUCUUCUCAAACAUGAUGGAAGCAGUUAAUCCUAAUCCAGCUGGUGGCCCCAUGCAUGGAUUUGGGUUCGGCCUUCCCACUUCUAGAGCCUAUGCAGAGUACAUGGGAGGCAGUUUGGAAAUCCAAGCCAUGCAAGGUAUUGGAACGGAUGUGUAUUUGCGGAUGCAGCAUAUAAACAGUCAAGCUGGUUCCUUCCGGAUUUAAGUAGAAAUUAAUAAUGCAUUACUUAGAAAUAUGGAAUACUGAAUUUCAAACACAUGUUGUGGUAGGGAGAGUAGAGUAAUAUUUCUAAUGCUAGCAUGAUUAAAGAUUAGAAGAUUAAAAUGUCAAUGGAAUGCAACAAAAACAGAUAAGAAACUUAAUUUCAAAUCAAAUAGCUAGACAAAAAGAAGUAGAGGGGUUUCAGUUUUUGGUAAAAUUAAACUAAAUAAGUUAACAGUUUUAUCAUUGGGGCCCUUUAGGUAGAACUGAAGCCUUGGUGAACAUAUUUUAAUUGAAUCUAAACUUUUGAUUUAGAUUUGUUUAAAUACAUGCUUUAAGAUGCUAAUAGUACCUCAAUUAUAUCAGUAUUUGAAUAACAAUGGCAAAUCUCAUACAUAAGUAUUUAUUUAUUGCAUAUGACCACCUACUUACCAGUAUUUAUAGUGUGAAUGCAUCUUUUUAAAACAAAGCUAAUGAAUAUGUUUUGAAUGGAGAAAUUACUUCUGCAUUGUUUUCUAGCAGAUGGCGUGUUUUUGGAUAAAUGGAUGUUUGUCCAUAUUAGUGUAUUGACUUGUUGAUGGAAUUUGAGCUAAUGAUAUCAUGGUCUCUGAAACAUAUAUAAUAGUAUUGGUUAAAUAAGUUUUAUAUGUUUAUAGCCUGCAUGUAGCAAGUACUGAGAGCAUUUUUAUGAGUCUUCCAGAUAAGAUACCUGAUAGAUUACCAACAUUUGAAAAAUAAAGUAUAAAGCAGUUAUAUAACAGAUCAUGCUUGUUGAUAGAUUUAUAUCAUUAUUGUGAUAGAACUUAAAAGGAAGUAUUGAAAAAAAUCUUUGUUUAGUGGUGAAAGUAAGACAUCAUGGAAAGUUUUCCUUCAUUAUAAAGACCUCAGAAAUGAGAAUUUACUGUUGUGUAUUAUUAGAUAGAAGGAUAGCAAUAUUUAGUAGAAGACAAAGAUGUCAGCAUCACAUAAUAAUGGAUGAAUAGCAUUAUUGAAUAGUGCUUGAAUAAGUUUAUAGCUGGGACUUGGGUUAAACAGUCCUUUUCUGUAUCCUGGUUGACUGUGUAAUGUGCAACUCACUGCUAUAGCCAAAGCUUUCUAAGUGAAGAAGGAAGUCCAACUUUUAAUGUGUUAAUCCAAGGAUUAGACUUCAUAUUAGGUUGAACAAAUCACAAAUUCAUGCUUCUUCAUUGUAAUUCCAAAUAGAGUGUAAUCCGAUAAAGUUAAUGAAGAGAC